UUGCAUAAUUUGAUUGGCUCUUUGAAAAUGGACAUUAUCCAAUCUAUCUUAAUAUUGUUAGUUCAUGUUAUAAACAUUCAUCAACAACAAUACAAAACAUGUCAGAUGAGGAAGUAAUUCGUCGAAGAUUAUUAAUCGAUGGCGAUGGCACUGGAGAUGACCGUAGAAUUAAUGUUCUUUUAAAAUCAUUUAUUAAAUGGAUAAACAAUUCAGAUGCUGAUAAUACUUUACAUGAAAGAAUGUUAUCUCAAUUGGCACAAUGUGAAUUUGCACAGAAAAAAUCACGUUUUGUUUCAAAUAUGAGUCAAGAGGAAUUAAGAAAUUAUGAAAAUUUAUCAAAACAAAUUGAAAUUGAAAUUGAAUAUGCUAAAAAAGAUAUUGAAAGAACAAAAUCUGGUUUAGAAGCAGCUAAACGUGUACGUAAAUAUAGAAUUGAAUAUGAUGUAUUGGCAAAAGUUAUUAAUGAACAACCUGAUCGUGUUGAAACAAAUUCAAAACUCAAUACACUUCGAGAUGAAUUAGGUUGUCUAAAAGAAAAAUCUGAACAACUUGAACGUAAAUUAGAAAUGCGAAGAAAACAAUUUCAUGUUUUAAUAUCUUCAAUACAUUCAUUACAAGGAAUGUUAGAUGAAGUUGAUGAAGAAAUAAUGGAUGUAAGUCUAGAAAAUUAUGAAGAUACUGAUACUAUUACAUCACCGAAAACCAGCACUUAAUUUAGUUUCAAGACGUUCAUAAAAAUCCAAAACAGUAUGUGAACCACAACUUAUUGUACUGACAAUUGGAUGAAAAAGUGGUCCAUCUGAAUGAGGCUGAGAAAAUUGAUAAAAUUUUGUAUAUUGUACGCAUUUAGAAUUAUUCUUUAAAUAUAUGUAUACUUUAAAUUACA